UCGAACGCGGAAGUAGCUGUCAUGUGGUUUGUAGGACACAAACAUACAUACCUUUGACUGUAAUCAACUUUCUAAAGAAAUCGUGAUUAUAGUGAUUUCUACAGUAGAGUCUCUCUGAUGUGGUUGGGAUUGAUGCUUCAGUAUGUACGCUCACGGAACAGAGAGUUUAAUCAAACAAGCAAGAGAAAUACAGGAAGAGGAGCUGCAGAAGUUUUAUGGCCGUGUGUAUAAACAACUUCACUCCGGUAAAGAAGCUGGAGGAGAGCUGAUCGAUUCCCUUCAGAGACUCCACCUGAUUGUUUCUGCUACAAAAUAUGCAAGGACGCUUCCUCCAGACCUGGUAAAGAAGCUCCAGAUGCUGCUGCGCUCUCCAUCCUGUCUGGAGCAGUUACAGGUUCUGUCCUCGUCCAUCCUCAGGGAGAGUUUACCUCUCAGUCUGCACAAUCUCUCCACAGAGCUCAGCCAGGACAGCAGAGCACUCAGUUAUCUGGCCAGUGUAGUGCUCACACAGGCUGGAAGCAAGGAUGAUCUGCUUCCUCUCUGUCAGUAUUUACUGAAGAGUCUGGAGUCACGGCAGCCUGAGACGCAGAUCCCCAGACACACGCUUCCCAUUCUGUCCAAAAUCUGUAGCUUCUGUCCAGAUCUUCUCAAUGAAGAUCAGGGGAAUCUGGUCAGUCGGAAGCUUGCUGAUUGGCUCCGAUAUGCCAGCAUUCACCAGGGAGCCUCCAUGUCAUCUGGGGGAUUUUUCACUAGUCCAAGAUCACGACAGCCAGCACUGAUGACUGAAGUGGACGGAGCAGUGGCAGGAGAUUUCUUCACUGUACUGUGCGUGGGGCAGAGCUACACCGAAGACCAGUGGAUGAACAUGUACACAUUUUCCAUGAUCAAAAGCUGGCUGCUUACCUACGACACAGAUUGCAGCUCGGCUACAGAAUCCGCUCAGCUAAAAAGAGCACAGGUCAUACACACAACUCCACAGCAGCAAGACGACCGGUCCGAGUUGGACAGUUCAGUGAUGUCCAUGGUGUCCGCGACCUCCUCGUCCAGUCGAAUGCUUCCCCCGAAAGAGCGUCUGAGGGAGAAAGCUUUCGAGUAUUGCCAUCGGCUAAUCGAGCAGAGUGACCGGAAGGCUGUGAAAAAAGCAGACGCAGAGUUACAGAAAGCGUGUAUUGUGGAGUCAGUGUCCAUAAUGGACAUCAUCUGCAGUGUGGAUCCUUCCUACGUGUACCGUGGCUUUCCCUGUAUUAAAGCGCUGUACGGCAGGCUGAGUGCUGACCUGGCUUUUUCUCGAGUCCUGCUACCCAUCGCUCAGUUCUACCUCAACCACAGUGAAACCGCUGCUGUAGAAUCCGAGGCCAUCUUCUGCCACCUGUUCAGCCGCUUCCCAGCCGAGCUCUUCAACGAGCCCAUGUUGGCCUACGAGUUUGUCCGGUUCUGCCUUCACAAUGUGAGCGUGCUGCAGGAGAAGGUGGCCAUAUACAGGCACAGCUUCCCUAACCUACUCAAGUUUCUGGCAUGGAACAGUCCGGGGCUGAUUUCUGAGUUUAUGGAGCUGCUGCCUUCACUGUUAGCUCCUGAAACGGCGAUUGAGUUGCUCCACACGCUGCUGGAUCUUCCCUGCCUCGCCGCGGCCCUGGAUCUUCAGCACAGGUCAGCAUGGUAUCAGGUCGCAGAUCGCGCUCCGUGGGACCAUCAGGGUUCUAAAAUCACAGCAUCUCUGGAUGCCUUCCGCCAGCUUUCCUACAGAGGUCUGUUCCUCUACAUCCUCAGACCUGAAGCAGGCACCGGAGACACGAUUGACAGGUUGAGUAUGCUUCACACUGCUCUGGAGGGAAUGGCGGAGAGUCCUCGUGUGCUGUGCUGCGCUCAGAUUGUCCCUGUCCUCCUACAUGUCUACUUCAACACCAUUAAACAGAUGGCUGACGGGAAGAUGAUGAACCAGCUGCUGUUGGUCCUGUUAGAAAGAAGCAGCCUUUUAUACAAGAUAAAGAACUUCAGCACCGAAGUGCAGAGAGUGUUCAGCACACACCUGCAGGCGCUCUGCAAGCUGCACCCGGCACUGAUUGUUGAUCAGUACAAAGAGCUGCUGGAGUUCACCAGCACCACUACGAACAUCUACACUAAAGAGGACUUCUACACACACGUGGUGUGGGUCAUCGGGGAGUAUUUGUCCCUUUCCUAUGACCCUCGCUGUACUGUGGAGCUGAUCACGUCCUUUUUUGAGGGCCUGGAGGCGGUGUUGUUUGAGAUCACACAGGUACGCCAGUCUGCCAGUCCCCUGAGCUACUCUCCACGACUGCUCACCGUGCUCAUGACGGCGCUGGCCAAGCUGGCAUCACGCAGUCAGGACCUCAUUCCCCGGGCGUCACUUUUCCUGUCUAAGAUGCACUCAUUUGCGCACAGCGGUCGUGUGGCAUCGUGCUUCAGUGAGGAGGACAGCGAGGAAAUCAUCACACGAGCCCACGAGCUCAUCAACCUUCUCAAGCUGCCGAAUGUAGCACAGUUCGUGUUAACACCUUCAGCUCAGGGCGACUGUCCACGCUGGCACCGAGACACCAACGCUGCCCUGCCACAGCGCAUGAGGGCCAUCAGCAGCCUGCUGCAGUCUCAUUCCAGCUUCUUGCCGGCUUAGAGCACCUCGCUGCACAGCACCGCUACAGUAUUGACUUCAGUCAGAAUCUCAAUCACUCUGGAUGAUCUUAUGGAUCAUUUUUGGGCCAUGAAAAACUGAUAUUAAACAUUGAUAUUAAUAAUUAA